CCUAGACAAGAAGAUAGUCGUCGGCAGUGAUGCAAACAUAAGAGCUCUCUCUUUCUAUAAAUCCAAGACGACUUCAUUUCUGCAGUAGUUUGAAGUUGCAGAGGACCAAGAUGAAAAGAAAGAUAAUGGAUCAGAAAAAAGGAUCAGAGAUUAUGCGUGCCAUUGAAGAACUGUCGGUGAUGGUCGAAGUUAGAAGUGCAACAUUGGUCCCAGUUGCUGAACAUGGUGAUGUUGAUGAUCAUGCACGUGAUCGUGAUGCUGCCUUUAUCAAUCACGAGGCUGCCCAUAUUCCAACAAGGCCUUUCCUUUCUCUCUGCGGCUUGCUUCUUCAAGUUCUUGAUAAAAUUGGACCAACAAUGGCUGUUCUCAGGCAAGAUAUUCAUCAGAAUAUUCGGAGAUUGGAAGUGAAACAUGAAUCUGAUCCUUCAACAUACUCAAAUAUGGUUGAGAUUUUGAAAAUGGAGGCGACCGAAGGCAUUGCAAGAAAUGUUACUAGUUCUAGUAGAGCCGUCGUUUGGCUCACCAGGUAAUCUUGUUUGCCUCGUCAGGU